AGGUCCAAGAGAUGUUUCUUCACUGAACAUGACGAAGCUAAGGCUCGACACAGCCUAAGUUAUUAGUGGCUUUUAAUAAAAUCUCAAGCUUCAGAAGAAUGGUUUCCCGUGAUUCAUGGCUCAGUAAGACACAUGCUUUAGUGGGCCCUAACAACACCAAUCCCAACAACAGCAACAUCAACUGCAGCUGAAGCUCUUGCAGCUCCUCAGUGGUUAGAUCUUCGUUGUGGUCCUCCACCAACUCUUCCACAUCCUCCAAACUCACAUCCAACUGCAUGGAACUCCCUAAUGCCUAGACUGUAGGCAUACUAUUGAAGAUAAAGAUGGGGACUACAUUGCAAGUUCUGCCAUCUACUGCCAUACCUGUUGGCUUCAUGUGGGCAGCAUGGAUAGUAUGGGCAGUGGUGGGCAGCAGUGGUAUGUGGGUAGUGGAGGGAGAGUUUGGUCCUCAGUGUGAAGAGAUUAAGAUCCCAAUGUGUCAGAACAUGCCCUACAACCUCACCCGCCUCCCCAACCUUCUUCACCAUUCCACACAGGAAAACGCUCAGCUGGCCAUAGAGCAGUUCGAGCUACUGGGAUGGACUAAAUGUUCAGACCAGCUGGAGUUCUUCCUGUGCUCCAUGUACGUACCCAUCUGUACAGUGGGGUUUGCCAAUGAAGCUAUCCCACCAUGUAGGAGUGUGUGUGAGGCAGCAAGACUUGGUUGUGAGCCACUGCUUGCUAAGUUCAACAUUCCCUGGCCCACCAACCUACAGUGCCACACACUGCCUGUGUACGACCGCGGUGUCUGCAUCACACCACAAGCCAUCAUUGCCUCGGAUGUCAAGCCAAGGCCCUCCCAGGAGCAAGUGCCAUGUGAGUGUCGUCAGCAGCGGCCCCUUCGACAGGGAUUGUAUACAAAGCUACACUUCGAUUAUGGACAGCAGUGCUUCCCUGAGCGGUUGCUGUCUACCAACCUACUACCUAGUGUGUCCUCAGUGCUUCGUGGGAGUGUGAAGAGUGUAGACACUUAUGGAGAACUGACGCUUACGACAGUGCUGGUGAAGGAAGUGGUGAAGGCAGGAAGGGUUCUGGUGCUGACAGCCACUGAUGCCUACCUUUGGACCAAUAGAUCCUGCAUAUGCCCACCUCUCUCCAUCAAUCAAGACUAUCUGCUGCUGGGAUGGGAAGACUUCACUAACAGCCGCUUACUCUACCUUGAUGGAAGUGUUGCUCUUCCUUACAAGAAAAAGUAUGUCAGGAAGAUACUGAAGUGGGAAGGAGUCACAAUGCCGCCUCCAACACCCAGCCUUCAGCCUCUCCUUGCACCACUUCCUUCUACACUUGGUCCUCUUCAACCAAGGAUCCAGAUGGGCAAUCACAAGAAAAAGAGGAAAAGGAGGAGGAAAAACAACCAGCUGAAGAAACAAAUAAAUAAGCAAAGAAGAAAGGAGAGACGAAGAAGCAAAACAGAGAGGGAGGCACUUUAAGCAAAGGAGGAGGUGGGUGAGAAGGAAGCAGCAGAGCUCAGGCACCAAGGUGGCUAUGUUUGGUCCAGUUGCUGAAAAACUAGGAAGAGUUUAAUGGGGAACACAGUUUGACAGCCUCUCAAAACAGUUUUGUAGGGAUAAAUAAAAUAGGCAAGAAAAAUUCAUUCUAUAUUUCAUGCAUGAAGUUUUGUAUCAGUAAGCCUGGAGUUAAAAUUCUGGAUAAUGAAUUAGUGACGUCAUGUAGGCGUUGUUCUUCCUAGUUGAUAAUAGAAGAAAAGUUGCAGGAGUGGUUAGGAAAAAACCUUUGAUUCUUCUUCUCCUCCAGAACACUUACUCAGUUUUUUGGCUUGAGGAAUUAUAUCUACUGUGAACACUAUUCAACCUUUUAGAUCUAUAGGUGUUAGAUAUCAUUGUAUGCAAAAAAAUAUAUGUUUAUAUAUUGUAUUUAUUAUAGUAUAGUAGACCUUCAAUAAAAUGGACUUUUAAAAUUAUGGACAGUAUCCACUGGUUAAAUUGUACUUGUAACCCCUUUAUUUUCAAUAUUUAUUGAAGUACAUGUAUAUAUGUAAAUUGUAUGCAUAGUAUAAUAUUAGGCAUAUAGUAGAGUAGUGUAUUAAUUUGCUAUUUUUCUUUUUACCAUUAUUCUGAUUUAACACUCAAAUAAUCCCCCCCCCUUAGUAUAUUACAGUAGGGCCCUGCCUUAGGGCAUUUCACCUUACAGCGUUUCGCCUUAUGGUGUUCUGCUGAUACGGACAUUUUAAAUUAUGACCUAGACUCGCUAUAUGACUCCCCCUCCCCCCACCUGACUUUCUAAUAAUAUCACCACGCUCCACCUGGCUUGCUUACAUUCUCCGUGAUCUCUGCCUCUCUCCAUUAUGUCUGGAAACUUUCCAGAAUUUCAAGAGUUUUAAAGUAAUCUCACAUUUUAUAUUGACUGUCAUUCUAUGUCGCAAAAUUUUUGGAAAAAAAAAAAUGAUUUUUUCUUAUGAAAUGAUAGAGAUUCUUUUCCCAAUGGUAAUGACACCAAAAGUACGAAAUUUGGUCAAAAACUCGUGGAAUUACGCUCCCGCGAAGUUAGCAGUUUUGGCGACAUAUACGCAUCAGCGAUUUCGCUGACUUUGAGCCCUGUUUUUGGCCAAUUCCGUUGUUCCAGUUGACCAAGCUCAUAGCUAUUUCUUUAGUACUGUAUUUUUUCUAUCAGUUGAAUACAAGAAACCACCCAUUUACCGAUUUGAACUACCCAAUAAAGUGGUCAGAAGUUGACAAUUUGGCCAAUUUCACUCAAAUUAAAAAAGAUGCCAAUUUCAAAAUGGGGUCCAGAAUAAACAAUGUAGACAUUCUUUCCACUAAAAUAUCAUAUCCUCUGUUCAUUAGUCAUGUCUCUAGGCCCCUCUUAUAUUACUAUUGCUUUCUAUUUUGAUUUUUUUAUUCAUACAAAAAAUACAAAAUUUACUGUUAUGCAGACUGCUGCAUUAUUGUAAAAAUGGUAUGAGUAAUAUCAGUGCACUAGUGAAAAAAUAUUAGACUCCCCAGUUGACGUGUAUUGGACAUGUGGUGUGAUUUGCUUACUCUUGAACAUUGGUAAAAAUCGAACAUUGAGCUCAAUUUCAAGGUCGUUUUCAUUGUGAAACUAAUCAAAAUCAUCUCUAUUUCUCUAAUAUGUUUUCCAUUUUAUCAUGUGAUACCAUGAAAACGAGAAUACAACGAUAAAUACUAUAUGAAAAUACACGUCAAAGGUGGCAUUUUAAUAAAAAAAAAACAGUCUUUUUUUUUUCUCAUUGUGCACUGCAUGCUGCAUGAUUUUUUUAUGUGGUGCACACUGACCACACAGACCCAUUCUCUCACAUGUGGGCCUACCAGCUUUCUCCUGCUUGAUUUGAAGCCACUAGAAUUUAUGCGUAUUAAUACUUCCAAAACACUGGCUCGUAAGACGUAUAUAUACGACCGAAACAGUCAAAGGGUUAACGAUGGAAUUCCAUUCCUAAGACCACGUCGGUAAACAAAUUCAUUGCUAAGUGAGGAGCAUACUAUAAUGGUAGUCGGUUUGUGUCAACCAUCUUUGAUAUUGUUUUAAUGUCACCUUUGCACCAUUUAUAACUUUUUAGUAUAUAUUUAAAUGUUUAUACAGUAGUAUACUGUAUAUUGUAAUAAACAGAAUAGAGGAAAUUAUCUCUAAUAUACAUUAUUUAGGUUUGUAUACUGGUUAGAGAGCUCAUCAUAAGUCUGAGUUGUCAGUAAAUGAGUACGUCGCUAAGUGAGGAGAGGCCAUACUGAUAAUUAUACUUGUGUACCUGUACCUAAAUAAGCUUACACAUUGUGCUGGCAUGCAGGUACACAUUAAAAUCACUAAGAGUGUCUUAUUAGUCUCGAAGAUGCCAUGUUAAUAAUGAUGAUAAUAAAACGUAGUAAUAAUCACUCUGAGGCACAUUAAGUGUCACAAGUUAUGUUAAUAUAAGCAUUUUCAUUAAUCCAUCUAUGAUAAACAUGAUAAAUACACCCCACUGUAGAAUAAAUUAGCAUAAAUAUGAGAUGCUUUUCCAGUCGUCUUGACGGAAAGAAUAAUGUUUUCUCUAGUCCAACAUCAAAGAAAAUGCGCAGAAAUGUAUUACUCGGGGUAACUGUAGAAAAUUAUUCCUUUCGUAUGCAUUCACUCGGAGCAUCAUUCCUUCUAAAAGUGAUGUGUUACAUGAGAAUGGGAGUGUUGCUCUUUAUUUAUUCUGCUGUACCAACAUGGAGACAACUUGUACACAAUGUAAGGUGUUUGUAUUAUGGUAUAAGUUUCAUAAACAUAGAAAUGAAUAUGUAUGAACCAGACCCAUUCGUCUGUUUGUUUACAUACUCCGCGUCUCUCCUCUUUCAUUUACUCGUUCUCUCUCUCGUUUAUUCAUUUUAUCUUGUUUAUCCACCUCUCACUCUUCACUAAGACUACAAAUAUUUUAAGGUAAGUAAUGAGUGUAUUGUGUGUGUAUUUUGCUUUUUAUUGUUUUUAAUGCCUAGUUCCAUUGCUAACUUAAUAUAUGUUAGUGUAAACUUGUUAUCUGGAAUUUAUAUGCAUAUACAUACAUGUGUAAGUGGAAAAAAUGGCAUUCUGCUUUCUGGCAAUGUCCGCUUUCUGGUGGUAGCCUGGAACCUAACCUGCCGUAUAAGUUGGGCCCUAGUGUAUAUUGAGGGUUUACUGUGCAUUGCCAUAAUGAAUGUACUUUUAAGCCACUUGGGACCUCAUGUUCCUAAGAGAAUACAUAAUGCUCUUUGAUCACACAAUACAAUUGCAUAAUGCUCCUUGGUCACACAAUGCAAUCGAUAAGUGCUACAUGUGUUGUUUUCCACUUACUAAUUGUUUACACCUACAUUAGUUGACCCUGGCAAACCAUCAAAUGAAAUAGCAUGUUUCUUUAAUAGACCUGUGCCUCACAUUCACUUGCAUGCACCCUGUGAAUCACAUGUACUUUCAUGUCACUGGAUAAUGGUAAUCCAUUUUUUUAUAUAUAUAUAUAUUACUGCUAUUUGAGUGCAGUGUCUCUUACACUCAUGGGUUUGAUAUUUGUGGAACAUUGACUGCUUGUGGCAACAGAUAUGAUGUUAUCAGCAUUAAGUUACUCAUUGGGAGCUGUUUUGUUCUUCAUAAGUUCAUGUCCAGGUUCUCCACACUAUAUGGUUUGCCCAGAGUUCCCUACAUGUUCUCUUGUGUGGGUUGUUUGUAUUAGAGAGGAAUUACUAUGCCACAGUUGUGUACAUACUGUAAAUGCAUCCCAUAAUAAAUACUGAUGUAAUA